AUGAGUUCAAGACAACUCCGCAAGUUGGAGAGACAAAGACUAGAAAACUCAGCAACACCUGAACCACAAGAAGAUGUUGAUGAUAAACCGCAGUUUAACGUACUGAAUCCACCAGCUAAGUCGUUCAAUGCCUUUGCUUUCCUAAACGAUGAUGACGUUGAUGACAACGAUGAUGGCAAUGAAGAUGAGGACAAAUCGGAUACACAGUAUCAACCAUUACCAAAGACCGAGUCCAAACCAAAGAAGAAGCUGAAGAAACUGAAGAAACUGAAGUCAGCUUCAAAUAUCAAGCAAACAGAAGGCAACAGUGACGAUGAGCUUGACAAGGUACUUGCGGAACUAGAGAAGGAAAGGGCUUUCAAAAAUUCAUCACAAGCACAAGAACUGGUCGAUCCCGAGGAGGAAGAGGAUUGGGAAGAAGAAUAUGACAUUUCAAACGUCCCAGUAGAACAUUGUGAUGUGGACUUUAAAUUUUUUACUACAAAACGAUUACAACUGAGCUUAUCUCUCCUUUCCAUUCAAGAUGUCCAGAAUUUAGAUCCUGAUUAUGAGCUUCAAGCACUCUUUGGUAAGCUUUCUAUGGAAACUAUAGAUGAUGCCAAUUCUACCACAUCCCUUGCGAUUUCUCCUGAAGUGCUUCAACAGUUCAAGAAAAUUGCCCGAUUGACCAGAGGUUGGGGUGGCAAAGACCGUAAGUCAGUACCAGGUACAUCUCGUAAACUCUUAUUAACAAGAAUUAAAGAUGAUUAUUUGCCCACUACUAUCAAACCAAUGACAAUGGAUGAAAUAUCAGCUCCUGAACCUCUUGUGGAGUAUUUCAUCUAUAAAGAAACAAAUAUGAAUGAACCCAAACUUGAGAGAUUCCACUAUGAAAUCUCCCGGUUGAAGAAAGAAUCCUCAUCUUUGGGUGUGACAUACUUUGAGUUUGGCAAAGUUGAUAGUUCUAGUGAAAAGGCAGCAGAUGCAAUGUUCAUUGAUGCUGUGGUAUUGUAUCCUAAUCCAGAGGUUCUCAUGAGACAACUCCAAACAAAUCCGUAUCAUACGCCGACCCUUUUACAAACUGCUAUGGUUCUUUUAAGACAGGGUGAUAAUAAGCUGGCUGCUAAUUCAUUAAUAGAAAAGGCGCUUUUCACAUUUGAUCGUUGUUUCCAUCCUUCAUUCCAUACUUUAUUGGCAGAGGGGAAAACAGAAUUAAUAAGAUUACCUUAUUGUCGUUUUAUGAAUAGACAGUUUUACUUGUGUUUAUUCCGUUACAUUAUUGGGUUAGGUGAAAGAGCCACAUUUUCAACGGGCACUGCUUAUUGUAAGUGGCUUUUGGCUUUAUCACCUGCAGAAGAUCCACUUGGGGUCCGUUAUUUCAUUGAUUUCUAUGCUAUGAAGGCUGAACAAUAUAAAUAUAUUUUAAAGUUUGUUGAAUCACCAUUAGCAACAACUUAUGAGCAUUGGUUGACUCCCGGACUUGCAUUUUCAAGUGUUUUAGCAUUACUUCAUUUGAAUGAGAAGGAAAAGGCUAAAGAAAGAUUAAAAUUGGCAUAUAAUCGAUUCCCAUAUCUUUCUUAUAAGUUGCUUGAAGUUCAUAGUCAUCAAGACUCUGUGAAAUUCAAGGCAACCCCAAGUGCAUGUGAAGCUGUUGAAGCGGAAACAUAUUUGGUUCGGUUUGGAGCACUCUGGGAAAAUGCACAACAUCGCCAAUGGCUUUGUGAUGGGCUUGUUGAACUCUUUAAUACUCAAACAAUUACUUCAGGUCAGAAGAAUAAAAAAUCCAUGUUCUCUGCUCUUCAAGAUAUGUUGGGACUUACAAAUGUCGAACACGAAAUACCUUCUAAUCUUGUUAGAUUUGCUAUCCUUUCCGGAGAAGGUCGGAUCAUGGCCAGAUUACCACAAGAUAUCUUUUCAAGAGAUGAUAUGAUGGAAUAUGAUCCUCUCCCUCCCAAGAGUAGUAAUGUUGGAGGAUCAAUUGAUGGUAUUAUUGGAGGAGGUGGGUCUGCCGUCACAGAUGUUCUUAUGGAUUACGUUGAUCCACGGUUACUUUCCCAAGCUGUGGAACUGCGUCUUACUGCACCACCAGAGGCAUGGUCAGAUGAAGAGAACUAA